AUGAACUACACAGACGCGUCGUCAUCUGUGGAAGUGAUAAAUGAGGCGUGCGCUGUGGAGAGUCUCGACAGGAGGUGGUAUCUGGUGGCAGUUUGUGGAACAUCACUAUCAGUACUGUCGAUUGUGUCGAAUAUGCUUAUAUCGAAGGUGCUCCUCUCCUCUAAACACAACCACUUCUACUUCCUCGCCCUUCUCGCCCUCUCCGACUGCUUCCUCUCCCUCAACUACGGUCCCGUGAUAGCAAUGGAUAUAAUCAAAGAUCGUCUAAAACUCCGCUGGCUCUCGAAUCUCUACAUUCAAUACGUGGGACCCCUGCUGGCACUUUCCCAGACUUCCAUGACGUUCUCAUGCUACCUUAUUAUCCUGGCGACCAUCGAGCGGUACCUGAUAACACUACGCGCCAAAUGCUUGGGAACAUUCCGAAAAUGCAGGGGACUCGCAGCGUUUUCCAUGUUUCUUCUGUCUCUGAUGCUCCGGGCGCCGAUUAUUUUCGAAAUGCAAAUCGAACAGAAUCCUGAUUGCAUCGGCGAGAUCUCCGAGUACUAUUUGAACCUCUCCCCAAUUGUCAACACGUUUUGGUAUGGUACGGUGUAUCGGUUUUAUAUCAGAAACAUAAUGACAGUCCUCGUCCCGUUCGUACUUCUGGCCAUUCUCAACUACAAAAUCGUGAAAAUCCUUCGAAUGCAACAACGGUCCGCCCAAAUGUUCCGUUUUCUAUCGUCCGACCAUAAAACCAAAAUCCGUUCGGCCACUAUUCUGAUGGUAUGCAUCGUCUUCUCAUAUUUGCUAGCGAAUAUUCUGAAUGUCGGUGUCACCCUAUGGGAGUACGUGGCAUUUCAAUCGACACAGACCGGUGAUGCAUAUGCGUUCUACGAAACAUGCACCGACGUCACAUCUGUCCUCUAUAUUUUGGUCUGUGCCACACGGCUAUUCGUCUACUAUUUGUUCAAUCAGGAAAUCCGAGAAGCCAUCAAGCCGCUGGUCUGCCAUAGUGCAAGUGCACCCCGCAAACAGGACUAUGUUACAGUAACCCGUAGCUUACAAUCCAUGCCGUUGACGGUAGUGGGCGCCAUAUCGCUGCUCAGUCCAAAUCAGACUGACGUCGUAAGAGCUCAGCAAAACGACUCCUCCCGUCAAAUCGGCACCGAAAUCGACGCCGUCGCCAUCGCCAUCGCUCGUCGGUUGCUUUCCAGUGAGCUGGUCUUCGGCGGAGCCGGUGGCACCAAAGACACCAACGACUCCUUCGUCAUCUCCAAUCAUCACACCGGAGACGAUGACGACGAUGAUAAUGACGACACGGAUGACGACGAUGACGAGAUUCCGCAUAUGGUCUAA